AGAGACACACACACACACACACACACAGAGAGACACACACACAUACACAGACACACAUACACACACACAGACACACACACACAGCUGUGUUUCCAGUCUGCCAGUGUGAGUUGUUGUGUACUAGCCGAGCCUGUUUGCCAUGUAGCACCAGCUGUUGAUAUCCCUUGGAGGACGGUAAUGAACGGUGGGAAGCAGGAAAUCCAAAUAAAACGAGUGUCCUGUCGGAAGAGGUCCAGGGACGGCCUGAAGUCUCACCUGACCCCCGCCCGGAAGAGAGGAGGACACCCCCCCUGCACACAGCAACAAGCAUGCCCCAAAAACUGGAAGCUGAGCAGCAUCAUGGCUGAUGUCCCAUCUGCUGAGUUCUACAGUGACAGUGAGGACCUGUUCGGGGACUAUGACAGCCUCCUGGAGGACAGCUCUCUGCUGGCCCAGCUGGACUCGGCAGAACAAACCGAGAGGCAGCGCUCGGCCGCCGAUCAGCCGACCGCGGGCUUCACGUCUCUGCGGCCGGCGAACGCCGCGGCGCCGUGCGAAGACGUUCUCACAGACUCCAUCUUGGACGUCCUCGGAGACGAACCCUUCGAGGACUCGCAGCCCUACUUGCCGGCGAGCCAGCAUCAGUUUCACCAAGAAGUCCACGGAGACGCCCAGAGGACCAGUCCGCACGCCGGCGAUAACAAGACCUCCACGCCGCUCAGAGACCCGGUGGCCAAAAGGCCGAGACCGGCCGCGGCGAGGAGGAGCGUGACGGAGCGGCUGAAGAAGACGAUGCUCGGCAACGCGGCCGCUCCGUCCGGCGUCUCCCGCGCCGCCGAGAUGAAGGAGGCCGCGGUCUCCGAGGAGAUCGGCGUCGCCACGCGGGCCGUGGAGACGGCGUCCGGCGCCGAGACCGCUGACCUCGGGCCGUUCUUCGGGCUCCCCACUAAAGUGAAAGACCUGAUGUUCAACCUGAGAGGAAUCGAGAAGUUAUACGACUGGCAGGAGACGUGUCUGAACCUGGACUGUGUGCAGCAGAGGAGGAACCUGAUCUACUCCCUCCCCACCAGCGGAGGGAAGACUCUGGUGGCCGAGAUCCUGGUCCUCCGAGAGCUGCUGUGCCGGAAGAAGGACUGUCUGUUCAUCCUACCGUACAUAUCCCUGGUGCAGGAGAAGGUGCGUGGCCUGGCCAGCCUGGGCCUGGAGCUGGACUUCGUGGUGGAGGAGUACGCCGGCAGUAGAGGCCGGUUCCCCCCGGUGAGGAGGAGGAGCGGCCGGUCGGCGUUCGUGGCGACGAUAGAGAAAGGCCACAGCCUCGUCAACUCACUGAUAGAGACCAGCAGGAUCCAGGACCUGGGACUGGUGGUGGUCGACGAGCUUCACAUGUUGGGGGACGGCAGCAGAGGAGCCGUUAUCGAAAUGACGCUCGCCAAAGUUCUCUACAUGAGCAAAUCGACUCAGAUUAUUGGAAUGAGCGCCACUCUGGGAAACAUCAGAGACCUGCAGACCUUUCUAAAGGCUGAAAAUUACACCAACGACUUCAGACCGGUCCAGCUGAAGGAGUAUGUUAAACUGAACGACACCAUCUAUGAAGUGGACCCAAAGGAAGAGGAUUGUUUCCGAUUCUCCCGUCCUCUCAACUUUAAGUACUCCAGCUCGAUGCAGAAGAUGGACCCAGAUCACAUCAUCGCCCUGGUGACUGAAGUCAUCCCAACACACUCGUGUCUGGUCUUCUGCCCCACCAAGAAGAACUGCGAGAACGUCGCAGCGAUGAUCUGCAAAUAUCUCAAAGAGGAGUUCCUCCGUCAUCGCGAGGCAGAGAAAGGCGUCCUGCUGCGAGCGCUGCGGGACAGCGGUAACGGCGCGGUGUGUCCGGUGCUGCGGAGGACGGUGCCGUACGGUUUGGCCUAUCACCACAGCGGCCUGACCUCCGAGGAGAGGAAGCUGGUGGAGGAGGCGUACUCCAGCGGCGUGCUCUGUCUGCUCGCCUGCACCUCCACCCUGGCUGCAGGAAUCAACCUACCGGCCCGCAGAGUGAUACUGCGCUCGCCGUACGUGGCCACAGACUUCCUGAAGAGGAGCCAGUACAAGCAGAUGGUGGGCCGGGCCGGCCGGGCCGGCAUCGACACCGUGGGAGAGAGCAUCCUCAUCCUGCAGGACAAGGACACAAAGAUGGCUAAAACAUUGGUGUCUGCCCCGAUGGAGAACUGUUACAGCAACCUGAUGCACGACGAGGGAAAAGGCCUCCUGAGUCUCAUCCUGUCGCUCAUUGGAUUAAAUAUCACCACGUCGUUGGACCAGAUGAAGGACUUCCUGUGUGGCACGCUGCUGUUUGUGCAGCGGAAGCAGCUGUGCGUGGAGACGAGUCUGACGGAGACGGUGCAGCGGUUGGUCGGCCUCCUGGAGGACAAACAUCUCAUCACCGUGACUACGGAGUCUCACGGUGGUCAAACUCUGCAGGUCACCAAGCUGGGGAGAGCCACUUAUAAAGGCUCCGUGGAUCUGAGCUACAGCGAGGUGCUGUACAGAGACCUCUCUAAAGGUCUGGAGGGUCUGCUGCUCAACAGUUUCCUGCACCUGGUCUACCUCGUCACCCCGUAUGACAUGAUCGCACAGUGCAAGCCUGACUGGAUGCUGUUCUUCAGACAGUUCACGCUGCUGUCGGCUACGGAGCAGAAGAUGUCUGCAGCCGUCGGAGUGCCGGAGAGUUUCAUCGCUAGAAAAGCUGCCGGACAGACGGUGAGAAAGGGUGUGAACAUGGAGCAAGUGCGGCGGAUGUAUCUGGCCCUGGUGCUGUUUUCUCUGCUGAAGGAGACCAACCUGUGGAGCGUCGCUGACCGGUUCCAGCUGAGCCGCGGCUUCGUCCAGAGUCUGCUCAGCUCGUCCUCGGCCUUCUGCUCCUGCGUGCUGCACUUCACACAGGAGCUGGAGGAGCUGUGGCCAUUCAAAGCUCUGCUGACGGAGCUGACGCGGCGGCUGAGCUACUGUGUGAAGGCCGAACUCAUACCCCUGAUGGAGGUGGCCGGAGUCAUGGAGUCCAGAGCGAAGCAGCUGUAUAACGCCGGCUAUAAAACGCUGAGUCACCUGGCGAACGCUGACCCAGCUGUUCUCUCCAACACGAUAGAAAACCUGUUCAAGAAACAAGCCAAUCAGAUCGUGGCCUCCGCUAAAAUGUUGCUGAAUGAAAAAGCCGCAGCCCUUCAGGAGGAAGUGGACGAACUGCUGACGAUGCCGUCAGAUCUGCCCACAGCUGCUAAAACACAACAACCUGUUUAAAUUAUUAGAGAAGUUUUAUUCUCUGUGUCUACUUUGUUUGAUUUUUUUUUUAUUGUUUGUUGGAUUCCAUUUCUUAUUAAAAUAAUGUACAAGAAGGA